UUUGAUUAGUGAGUGGAGAUGGGGAGAUGGAGGUUUGAAGAGUACAAACCAGAGUUGUCCAUGUUUGCCUUGCAAUGGAUCUAUGCAAUCAAUGCACUCUUAGCUAAGUCUGUCUUAACACAAGGCAUGAAUCCUAUGGUUUAUACUGUUUACAGGCAAGCUAUGGCAACUCUAGUCUUAGCACCUAUUACUCUCCUCAAAAGAAGAAAUCAGGAAGCAUUGGGAGUAAAAGGUUUCACUGUGGUAUUUAUGGCUGCUCUAAUUGGUUCAACACUGAAUCAGUUUGCAUACUAUCAAGGACUAAAGCUGGCAAGUUCUACAUUGGCUAGUGCUGUGGGCAAUCUAACUCCUGUAAUAACCUUUGUCAUGGCAGUUUCUAUAGGAUUAGAGAAGGUAGAAAUAAGGAGCAUAAGAAGCAUGGCUAAAAUCUUCGGCACAAUAACAUGUGUUGGAGGAGCUGUUUCCAUGGCAGUGUUCAAAGGUCCAAAGAUUCUGAACUUUGAGUUACAUUCAAAAUGGGAGGAUUUGAUGAUAGGCUUCCUCUUUCUAAUAGCAAGCAAUUGUUGUGGAUCAAUCUGGUUAAUAUUGCAGGGACUGAUAUGCAAAAGCUAUCUGGAUCCACUUUCAUUAGCAACUUGGAUGUGUUUCUUAUCAACUAUCCUGUCAGCUAUCCUAACUGUUUUUGUUGAACCAAGCCUAAGUAUUUGGAAGAUCAAUUCACGUUUUCAGUGGUUCUGUUGUCUAUACACAGGAGUAAUGGGAUCUGCUCUUACAGUAAGUGUUCAAGCUUGGUGCAUAUCAAAAAGAGGGCCUCUGUUCUCUGCCAUGUUCAGCCCACUCUGUACUGUGAUUAUUACCAUCUUGGCUUCUGUCCUGCUCCGUGAAGAACUUUAUACAGGAAGCUUGGCAGGUAUUGUUGCUGUUAUCACCGGAUUGUAUAUGGUUUUAUGGGGUAAAGCCAAGGAUAUAAAUGAAGAGGGAGAACUAAAUCUAACAGAAGACUCUCCAAGAACCACUGUGGCAGUUGUUAAACACUGGCAGGACUGUGAGAGCAACUUGGCAGAGCCUCUAUUGGAUGGGAGAACAAACCAUGAGAGCCAGAUGAAAGAAGAAGAAACUAAAUAGCAAAGUUGAAAAUUUUCCUGCAUGUCAUGGCAAUAAUAUAUGGAGAGCAGAGGGGACAGUUAUCAAGAACAUUCUGCCAUGCAUCCUUAAUCACUACCAGUUACCACUUUUACAUUUCACAAAGUCUUGUCAACCUAGUAACUGCUGUAGUCUAUCAAUAUGCAUAGCGCUAUAUUAGAAUUGAAGUUUCUCUUUUUGAUGAAGAAAAAAACAUUGUAUUAAAACAAUGAAUAAAAGAAGGCAGGGGCUUAAGUCAUGCAUAAGCUAAGCUUGUGCAGUUAUACGCCUUCAGAAACAUCAGAAAGAAUA